AUGACGACAUUCUGCCGAACCGGUAUCCCGUCGAAGGCGCUGAUGCAUGAAGCAAAGGCUGCACAGGAAUACGUACUGAAUUGCUGUGUACGAACACGUAACCUUUUGCGCAAUUGUGCAAGAUUUAAUCUUUACGAAUGUACAAAAUCCACAACAUACUGUGGUGUAGUUUCGGACUCUUUCUCUGUCAAAGUGCACAACGAACUUGAACUACUAAGGUCAACCCGACGGCCAAGUUUCAAAUCGACUGUACUUGCUGUGGAAGAACACGGUAUAUCCGAUUAUCUACUUCCUAUUCAAAUUGAUACGUUUAAUAAUGUUAUUCCUACCGUUGACCCGCAGGGAUCGACAAACAUGCAGUCCAAGGGCAAGAAAAUGUCUCCACGAGCGUCGGCAAGUAGAGCGGCCACGCAGUUACGACGGAUGAAUCUUUAUUUUCAAAAUAAUGGUACUGCUGAGUCAACUCUACCUCCCAUGCAAUCUGAUCGAGCUCUUCAAGAGCUGGGAAAUCAGUCCUUUAUGAAUAUUUACAAGGAGUUGCAGGAAGGUGUGGGCCCAAAAUGCGCAAUUGAUAUCGGAUGA